AUGGCACAGAAGGUGGUAUUAAAGGUCUUGACCAUGACUGAUGAGAAGACAAAGCAAAAAGCCAUAGAAGCUGCUGCCGAUAUUUACGGAGUCGAUGCGAUUGCUGCUGAUCUGAAGGAGCAGAAACUAAUCGUGAUCGGAGAGAUGGACACAGUUGCUAUGGUGAAGAAGUUAAAGAAAGUUGCGAAGGUUGAUAUAAUUUCAGUUGGGCCUGCUAAAGAAGAGAAGAAAGAAGAAAAGAAAGAUGACAAGAAAGAGGACAAGAAAGAGGAAAAGAAAGAAGAAAAGAAGGAAGACAAGAAAUAA